AUGUCUACACACACCAGGUUCUCAACCUUCCCACCCACCCCCGGGGGUGAUGACGGCGAUAUCGGCAGGCCAGAAAGCGACAGCCCGUCCUCCAAGCUGAUGCUGGAGCCGUAUUCCCCGCCCUUCGUGGUGGAGACGCCCACGUCACCGUCCUCGGCCUUCGCUCUGUCGCGGUUUGAGUUUGAGACGGGCAGGGGAAACGAGGGCACCAAGAUCCUGAUGGACGACGGCCACGACUGGGCCGGUUGGGAGGUCACGUGGGACGGCAAGACGGACGCCAAUGCAGUGCCCGCCCGAAGAAGCACCGGCGGCACUGACGGCGAGGAUGGCACGACGCUGCGGGUGUACUUUCUGCUGCCGCCUGGCCAGCACAUCCCGCCGCUGGUGAGCAUUCGCCAGCGCGUGGGCCGCGUGGGGGGUGAUACCGCAGCAGUCCUGUGGACCAAGCCCAUGCCGGCUAUCUUUCCGGCCAGCAGCAGCACGACGACCGGACAGCGAGGCGUGCUGCAUACGAUAUGGGCGCAGCAGCGACUGGCCGACCUGGCCGCCGAGAUUGCGGCCGAGAUGCAGGCCAACAGCGAGAGUGUCGGCCUGCAGAUCGCCAUCCAGGAGCACGCGUGGAUCACAGAGCACUUUGGCAAUAGCAACGACGCAACGCCGGCUGCAGCUGCAGCAGCAGCGCGAUCACCAUCCGAAUCGGAACCGGAAACGGACACAGACACAGAAGCAGCUGCCGCUUCGUUCUCGCCACACCCUCCAUCCGGAAAUACGAGCAAGCUCGGCGAGAAGCUCAGAGGCCUGCGGCUGGCGACGUCACCGGCCGACCUCGAGGCCGCGUCACGAGCUGACCUCCCGGGAGCAAGCAAAGGAUCCGCCAGUACCACCCUCUGGACCCACGUUCACGCCACGCAGCAGACAAGGUCGCAGCCGCAGCAACAGCAGCAGCAACAGCACACGGCCCCGUCACACGUCUACUCCCUCGAUGCUGUUCUGCAGGGCGGCCGCAUCCAGGCAACCGACACGGCAGAUGCGGACGGCGAGGAUGAGCUGUUUGCCCUGCCUAUGAGUCCGCGCAGUCCGGACAUGGUGAAGAGCCCGUUCAGCGUGCUGUAG